AUGGAAGAGUCAAUGUACAAUCACAGUGUAAAUAUUUCUGAAGUUAUCUAUGAUGGCACCAGGCCUCAAUUUGCAGACUUUGAUUCAUGCCAAGCAUCUUCACCUGUAAUGUUUCUGUUAAUUCUUGCAUAUGGUACAGUAACUAUUGUAGGGCUCUUUGGUAAUCUCUGCCUUAUUUUCAUCAUAACAAGACAGAAAGAAAAUCAUAAUGUUACUAAUAUCCUGAUUGCAAAUCUUUCUGUAUCUGAUAUUCUUAUCUGUGUCAUGUGUAUUCCUUUCACUAUUGUCUACACACUGAUGGAUUACUGGAUUUUUGGAGAUGUCAUGUGCAAAGCAAACUCAUUUGUCCAGUGUGUAUCUGUUACUGUGUCUAUACUUUCUUUAGUUCUGAUUGCUAUUGAAAGACACCAGCUAAUUGUAAACCCACGUGGCUGGAAGCCUAGUGUCUCCCAUGCUUGUUGGGGGAUCGUAUUCAUCUGGUUCAUAUCCCUAACAAUCUCCUUCCCCUUCAUCACAUUUCAUUUGCUCACAGAUGAACCUUUUAGAAAUGUCUCUUUGCACUCAGAAUUUUACAAAGAUAAAUUUGUCUGUAUUGAGAUCUGGCCAUCAGAGACAGAUAGACUCGUCUUUACAACCUGCCUCCUCAUAUUUCAAUACUUUGCUCCCUUCUGUUUUAUAUUUGUUUGCUAUCUAAAAAUCUUUAUAUGCCUAAAGAAAAGAAGUGGCAUGGCGGAUAAAAUGAGAGAAAAUGAAAAUCGGAUAAAUGAAAGCAAAAGGAUAAACAUGAUGCUGGUUUCAAUCGUGGUGGCAUUUACAGUCUGUUGGUUACCACUGAACAUCUUCAAUGUUGUCUAUGACUGGAAUCACGAAGCACUGAUGAACUGCCACUAUAAUCUUGUAUUUACCAUAUGUCAUUUAUCAGCAAUGAUAUCGACCUGCAUUAAUCCCAUCUUUUAUGGAUUUCUCAAUAAGAAUUUUCAGAAGGAUUUCAAUAUGCUAAUUCACUGCAAAUACCAAACUACCCAAGAAGAGUAUGAAAAUAUUGGUCUUUCAGCUAUUCAUACAGAUGUAUCUAAAUGCUCCCUGAAAGUGAACAAUUCCUUCCCAAAUAUCUAA